GGCUGCCCAUGAUGGAGGUCCGCAUCAAUAUCUCCAGGCAACAGGUGGAAAAAGUCUUCGGUCUAGAGGAGUAUUGGUGCCAGUGUGUGGCCUGGAGCUCCUCAGGCACCACCAAGAGCCAGAAGGCCUACGUCCGCAUUGCUUAUUUGCGCAAGAACUUUGAACAGGAGCCUCUGGCCAAGGAAGUAUCCUUGGAGCAGGGCAUCAUCCUGCCCUGCCGCCCCCCUGAGGGCAUCCCUCCUGCUGAGGUGGAGUGGCUCCGGAAUGAGGACCUGGUUGACCCCUCCCUGGAUCCCAACGUCUAUGUGACCCGGGAACACAGCCUGGUGGUGCGCCAGGCCCGCCUGGCCGACACGGCCAACUACACGUGUGUGGCCAAGAACAUCGUGGCUCGGCGCCGCAGCAGCUCUGCCGCGGUCACCGUCUAUGUGAACGGUGGGUGGUCGACCUGGACGGAGUGGUCAGCCUGCAGUGCCACCUGUGGGCGAGGCUGGCAGAAACGCAGCAGGAGCUGUACCAACCCGGCACCUCUCAACGGGGGCUCCUUCUGUGAGGGCCAGAGCGGCCAGAAAACCGCCUGUGCCACCCUGUGCCCAGUAGACGGAGGUUGGACCGAGUGGAGCAAAUGGUCGGCCUGCGCGCUGGACUGCACCCGCUGGAGGAGCCGGGAGUGCUCCGAGCCCCCACCCCGGAACGGCGGGGAAGAAUGUCAAGGAGCCGAUCUGGACACCCGCAACUGCACCAGUGACCUCUGCAUCCACACUGCCUCAGGCCCAGAAGAUGUGGCCCUGUAUGUAGGGCUCAUUGCCGUGGCUGUGUGCCUGGUCCUGCUCCUGCUCGUCCUCAUCCUGGUUUAUUGCCGGAAAAAAGAGGGCCUGGACUCCGACGUGGCUGACUCGUCCAUCCUGACUUCAGGCUUCCAGCCCGUCAGCAUCAAGCCCACCAAGGCAGACAAUUCCCACCUGUUGACCAUCCAGCCAGACCUCAGCACCACAACUACUACAUACCAGGGCACCCUGUGCCCUCGGCAGGAAAGUUCUGGUCCCAAGUUCCAGCUUACCAAUGGGCACCUCCUUAGCCCCCUGGGUAGUGGUCGGCACACCUUGCACCACAGCUCCCCCGCCUCAGAGGCUGAGGACUUUGUUGCCCGUCUGUCCACCCAGAACUACUUCCGUUCCCUCCCCCGGGGAGCCAGCAACAUGGCUUACGGGACCUUCAACUUCCUGGGGGGACGGCUAAUGAUUCCCAAUACAGGAAUCAGCCUCCUCAUCCCUCCAGAUGCCAUUCCCCGGGGAAAGAUCUAUGAGAUCUACCUCACACUGCACAAGCAGGAAGAUGUGAGGCUGCCCCUAGCUGGCUGCCAGACCCUGCUGAGCCCCAUCAUUAGCUGCGGGCCUCCUGGAGUCCUCCUCACCCGGCCAGUCAUCCUGUCCAUGGACCACUGUGGGGAGCCCAGCCCCGAGAACUGGAGCCUUCGGCUCAAGAAGCAGUCUUGUGAGGGCACCUGGGAGGAUGUGCUGCACCUGGGUGAGGAGUCCCCUGCCCACCUGUACUACUGCCAGCUGGAGGCCCGCGCCUGCCACGUCUUCACGGAGCAGUUGGGGCGCUUCGCCCUAGUGGGGGAGGCCCUCAGCUCAGCUGCCGCUAAGCGCCUCAAACUUCUGCUGUUUGCCCCAACGGCCUGCACCUCCUUGGAAUACACCAUCCGCGUCUACUGUCUCCAUGACACGCAUGACGCCCUGAAGGAGGUGAUCCAGCUGGAGAAGCAGAUGGGGGGACAGCUGAUCGAGGAGCCCCGGGUGCUCCACUUCAAGGACAGUUACCAUAACCUGCGCCUCUCUAUCCAUGACGUACCCAGCUCCCUGUGGAAGAGCAAACUGCUUGUCAGCUACCAGGAGAUCCCAUUCUAUCACAUCUGGAAUGGUGGUGCCCAGCAAUUCCUUCAUUGUACCUUCACCCUGGAACGCUUUAGCCCCAGCACCACUGACCUGGCCUGUAAAAUCUGGAUCUGGCAGGUGGAGGGUGAUGGGCAGAGCUUCAACGUCAACUUCAACAUCAACAAGGACACGAGAUUUGCUGAGUUGUUGGCUCCAGACAAUGAAGGGGGGGUCCCAGCCCUGGUGGGCCCCAGUGCCUUUAAGAUCCCCUUCCUCAUCCGUCAGAAGAUCAUCAGCAGCCUCGACCCCCCCUGUGGCCGGGGCGCUGAUUGGCGAACUCUGGCUCAGAAACUACACCUGGACAGCCAUCUUGGCUUCUUUGCCUCCAAGGCCAGCCCCACCGCCAUGAUCCUCAACCUCUGGGAGGCCCGGCACUUCCCCCACGGCAACCUCAGCCAGCUGGCCGCAGCAGUGGCUGACCUGGGCAAGCAGGACACUGCCCUCUUCAUGGUGUCUGAGGCGGAGUGCUGA